GCAGUUGGCCGGAAGUGGGGCUGUGAGGCCCGAGUGUAGCUGGCGUAGUCGCAGUGGUGCGGCAGUCUGCGGGGUCUCGGGUCUGGUGUUCCGGCGCCCGCGCUGGCGAGACUCAGUAUCUGGCACCAAUUCUGGCCCAGUCAUUUGUGAUCCAUGGCUCUUGUGAUAUGCUGAAGAUUUCCAGGCAGUUUCUGUGGCACGCCUCCCCAUCCAGCUCUAAUCAAGCACCAUAUAAACAAGAAAUUGCCUGGUCAGACCUGUGAGGACUGUGUUUUGACCGCCAAAACGAUCAGUACUGUCGCCAGAAUGGCAGCCACUCUGAAGCUGUUCAAACCUUUAGGAUAUCGAGCGUUUUGCGGUCCUUUUGCCUACAGUGCAACCCAAAGUGUGGCAUAUUGGAAUGUGGGAAACCGCACACGGCACAGGGGACAGGACCCUCCAGAGCACAGUAGCCUCCACCAUCCUGCCAAAAAAGUUGAGAAAACUUGUGACACCUCCUCUCCGCGUAGGAUCCUGACAACCAGCAGUGCCCUGCCGGGUUUGGAGUUCAGCAGGGCUUCUGCCUUGAAGGCCAGCACGCUGAAGCCAGGCUCACCCAGGGCCAUGAAAAUUGAUGAAGAGGAUGUAGAAGUUUUUGACUCCUUUGAAGACCCCCGAGUUUUCCUACAGCUAAGACCAGAGUACCAGCUUCACAGCUAUAACAGAUCUGAGCCUUGUCAGCCCCUGUCUGUUUCAGAAGGUGAACUAAUUUUGCACAAAGUCACAGUUUAUCAAGAUAAUCUCCAACCUCAAACGAUUGCCGAUUAUUUGUGUAAGCUGAGCUCUGUGCCUGCAGAGCAGCGUCCUGUUUUGCUGUCCAAUGCACGCUUUGCUUUGCUCUGCCAGCUAAGUGUGAAAAACAUACAGCUCUUUGAUGCCCCAGAUCUGAUCAGUAUUUUGAAAGCCUUUGUCAGUUUAGGAAUUCCUCAUUCCCACUCAAUGCUAGAUGUGUAUGAAACCAGAUUUUGCCAUAAGGUGUGGGAGAUGAGUCUGGAUCAACUUCUCUUGGUGGCUGAUCUCUGGCGGUACUUGGGCCGCAGAGUACCUCGGUUUUUUGAAAUAUUUUUUAGUUAUCUGAAUUUGCACUGGAAAGAUCUAUCCUUGUCCCAGCUGAUUCACUUGAUUUAUAUUAUAGGCGAAAGUCGUCAGGUACCCCAGGAACUAAUGCAAAAACUGGAAUCGUUGAUCCUCAAGUAUAUAGAUUUUAUCAAUUUAGAGGAGGCUGGUACCAUCUGUUUGGGGUUCUUUAAAUCAAGUAGUAGUCUCUCUGAAUUUGUCAUGCGGAAAAUUGGAGACUUGGCAUGUGCUGACAUGCAGCACCUGAGUAGUUACGCCUUAGUGAAUAUUCUUAAAAUGUUCCGUUUCACUCAUGUGGAUCACGUAAACUUCAUGAAGCAAUUUGGGCAGAUUGCUCCUCAGCGGAUUCCUUCCCUGGGAGUCCAGGGUGUCAUGCACCUGACUCUUGCCUGCUCGGCCUUACACAUUCUGGAUGAAGGGGUAAUGAACGCUGUGGCUGCUUCCUUGCCUCCCAGGGUAGCAUACUGCCGAAGUAAAGACGUGGCCAAGAUUCUGUGGUCAUUUGGAACUCUGAACUAUAAGCCACCCAAUACGGAAGAGUUUUAUUCUAGUCUGAUAAAUGAGGUUCACAGAAAGAUGCCUGAGUUCAACCGAUACCCGGAACACCUGCUCACUUGCCUGCUGGGCCUGGCGUUUUCCGAGUACUUUCCAGUGGAGCUCAUCAAUUUCGCUCUGAGUCCAGGGUUCAUCAGGAUAGCUCAGGAGAGAAGUAAGUUUGAACUCACGAAGGAGCUGUAUACACUUGAUGGUACAGUUGGCAUUGAGUGUCCAGAUUACAGAGGCAAUCGUCUUAGUUCUCACCUUCAGCAAGAGGGAUCAGAGCUACUGUGGAAUUUAGCUAGGAAGGAUAUGAGCUCAAAGCCUGAAUUUCUAGAAGCUCUCCUUUUACUUGAGACCAUGUUGGGUGGGCCCCAGUACAUCAAACACCAUAUGAUUUUGCCUCAUACCCGAUCUUCUGACCUCGAGGUCCAGCUUGAUGUUAACAUGAAGCCAUUGCCAUUUAACAGAGAAGCCGUACCCACUAAAGAUGUCGCCAGAUUAAGGCUUAAGCAUGUGGGAGUCAGCCUUACAGAUGCUUUGAUAAAUCAGCUACUAAAGGGGAAAUCCGGAGGGCAUUUCCAGGGGGAAACUGAGUCGGAGACUGGGCAGCAGCCCAUGGAAUCAGAGAAGAAGGCAGCCAUGCCCUUGGAGUGCUCCCUUCACACUGUGGCAGACAGAUUGGGGGCCACGGAGAUGGCUGGCCUGUGCCCCCCAGCCUGUGUGCAGGCCCCACAAGUGAAGCUGGCUAUUCAGUUAACAAAUAAGAACCAGUAUUGCUACGGUUCCAGGAGUCUGCUUGGACUGCACAGUAUGAAGAGGCGGCAGCUGAAUCGGCUUGGCUACCGUGUGGUAGAGUUAUCCCACUGGGAAUGGCUCCCACUGCUGAAACGGACUCGCUUGGAAAAGCUGGCCUUCCUCCAUGAGAAAGUGUUCACGUCUGCUCUCUGACGGGCCUUCGGGGCAUUUUUACUCAGAAAUGCUGUCGAUGUACACUGUACCAGGUGUUGUGAAGCAGUUACAAAAGCCAGAAUGUAGGUUUGUAAUAAAAGCAUCUGUUGAGGAGACUUAGUUGUACUCUUGUCUAUUGCAGAUUGAAGCUAGUACGUGUUAUUGUGAAUUAAUUGUAACCUCUCCAGUUGUGCAAGUUGCUGCUCAUUUGUGUAGUUACAUAAACAUCUAAAAAUGCCCGAUUUUCAGGUAAUUCCUAUUGCAUUUUUCUUUGUUCGCCAUCCUUGUCUCAUGGUUAUUUUGAAUUUUUAGGAUAAAAGUGUUGUCAGACAUUGUCUCAAACCAAUUUUUAAAAACUGGUUUACCUAUACUUUGUCAUAAAAUAAGAGUCUUUUACAACUUCUCUUACGUUUCGGGAUUCUCCCUGCCCCAUGCAUGUUUUCUUCACACCCUCUAAAAUUAAAGUCCUUAUUCUUGUUUAGAUUCCUUUGGUUGUCCCUAGUUGCUGAUUCUGCCUGCUUUAGAAGGCCAUUUCAGAAUCAGUGAGCUUAAUAUCUUCCUCUUAGCCCCCUCUUCUCCAUUUCUAUUUCAUUUGCAUAAACGACCCCAGCCUACCCCACCUCACGCCCAGGAUAGUUUCUCUCUAAAACUGGAUCUAGAAUAGAAUUAUAUGAGUGCCUCUUGGGCCAGGGGUUCUCAAAUAUGAUGACCGGGAGAAAUGUUUUUCAUGGCAAGUAGCUCAGACGAGUAGGAAACUUAUUACGGCCCGUAACAGGAGGUCUAAUGGGCUGAGGUUUGGUGGUUUUCGAGCCAUAGGCAUAAGGGAAUUGUAUAUAUGUCAGUAACUUAAUACAGGUAACAUUUGUAAACACUUGGAAUCUACGAGAAUUUCUUUUAAAAGGAUCCCUCCCACCAUUAACAAGGUCUCAAAGGUGACUUCUUCAGAGAGGACUUGCCCACCCGUGCUGACUAAAACAGGGCCCCGUUGGUCUUUGAUCACGCUGUCGCCUUCUCCAGCUUCAUUUUCCUCACUGCGCUCAGCAGUAUCAGAAGUGAUUCUUUAUUUGUUUACUUACUGGUUUCCCUGUUGGUGGAAGGUAGCCUGUGAGUUAACUUUGUCUAUUUCAUUUAUCUCCAGUGCCGAGAAUGGGUCCGAGCACACACACAACAGUUUAGUGAAUGUCACUGGGUUUUGUUGGAGAGUUGGGGGUGGAAGGAAGGCAGAGAGUGUCUGGGUCACAGAGGCCCAUGACCUUGCUGAAUGGCCGAAGUCUGCAGGGGCUGGGUACCUCCAAAGGUAUCUCAGUCAGGGACUAACUGGGCAGAUUCAUGUUUUAGAAAUGUCAGGUAAGAAGCAGGGUAGGGCUAGAUUGGGGGUGGGGGGUGCAUGAGAUGAGGGCCAGACCUAUGGGAAUGGGAAGUUUGAAUUCUAGAGAUGUUUGGAAGGGAAAAAAGACAUGACUUGGUAACUGAUUAGGUUGGGGAAUGAAGAUUUUUGGUUCCUAGAUUGAUACGAAGUCAGAAACGAAAAUUGGGGUCAAAGCAGAAAGGAAUUUGGGUAGAGGAUUAAUGAUGAGUCUGCCUGGUCAUGCUGAGAUGGCCCAUCAGGCAGAAAGCUUCAGGCUGGCGUCCCAGCUGGGGAUGACAGGUAGCAGUCAGAGCCACAAGUGAAUUAAACUGCCUUGGCCAGGUGGGAAGGAGCUUAUGACAGCCUGGCAACUACUGAUCUGCUUUCUAUCUCUGUGGAUUUGCCUGUUCUGGAUAUUUUUUAAAAGUGGAAUUAUACAUUAGGUAGCCUUUUUUGGUCUGGCUUCUUUUACUUAGCAUGAUGUUUUCAGGGUUCCUCCAUGUUACAGCAUGGACCAGUGCUUCAUUUCUUUAUAUGGCUGAAUAAUAUUCCGUUGUGUGGAUGUACCAUAUCUUGUUUAUCCAUUCAUUAGUUGAUGGACCUUGGGUUGUUUUGGCUGUUGUGAAUAGUUCUGCUGUGAACAUUCAUAUACACAUUAUUGUUUGAACACCUGUUUUUUCAGUACAUUUGGGUAUAUAUACCUAGGAGUGAAAUUGCUGGGUCAUGUUUUAACUCUGUAUUUAACUUAUUGAGGAACUGCCAAACUUUCCAUGGUAGCUGUACCAUUUUAAAUUCCUAAUAGCAAUGAACUAGGGUUCCAUUUUUUUGCCAAAAUUUGUUAUUUUCUGUGUGUUAUUUUGAUAGCCAUCCUAGUGGGUGUGAAGUGGUUUUGAUUUGCAUUUCCCUAGUGACUAAUGGUGUUUAGCAUCUUUCAGUCUUAACAAUAUUAAGUCUCCAGUGCAUGAACACAGGAUGUCUUUCCAUUUAUUCAGGUCUUUAAUUGCUUUCAUCAACAUUUUGUAGUUUGCAGUGUACAAGUCUCAAACCACCUCAGUUAAGUUUAUUCUGAAGUAUACUUUUUGAUGCUAUUAUAAAUGGAAUUGUCUUAAUUUCCUUUAUGACUUGCUCUUUGCUAAUGCAUAGAAAUACAACUGAUUU